UUUGGCCGCCGGAGGUGUUUUUAGGAGACAAAUCAAUUAAGAUAGUUCAAAAUAGUACAAAAUACUUGUAGAUCACACAAAAGACUUUCACGGAAUCACGAGAAGUUAAAGUGGACAAAAAUGGAUGAGGACGAUGUUGCUUUUGGUCCUGCGUUGCCUCCGCAUUUGUUGAAGACGUCCGGAAGUGCUGCAGAACAGAGAAUUGUUGGUCCAAGCAUGCCGCCGGACUUUAGACCAUCAGAGGCAGGAAACGCGAUUGAAGACACUCAAUCAGAUGAAGAUGAUGACGAUGAGGUGACAAUUGGGCCAUCAAUGCCAGGAGAAGUGCUCAACAGUCGUUCCCAACUGGAAUUGGAAGAGCGCGCGCUGCAAAUGAAGCUGAAUGCGCUGGAAGGAGCGACUGGAAGUGCAUCAUCGGAAGUGCAGAGUCGAGAAGAGUGGAUGACUGAGUUGCCUGAAGUUCGGAAGCUGUCUCACAUGGGAAUAGGACCCAGACAAUUUCGACAGAAAGAAGGACCAGACUUUUCCGACAGAUCAUCUUGGACAGAUACACCGCAAGGAAAGGCAGAGAAGAGUAAAAGCAAAGAAGGACCUUCGAGUACUGUGAUAUUUGAGCAAAAGAGGGUGAAAGAACACGACAAGGCGAUGGAGAAGUUGAAGAAGAAGCACGAGAAGGAGCACAAGAGGAAGAAAUCCCUGCUGGAAAUGCAUCAAGAAGCGAGAAAGAAGAAAAAGGACAAAAAGGUGAAAGAAGAAAGACGAACAUUCAGUCGAGAAGUGGAUUUGGCUGUGAAUAAAUUUGACGAGACGAGAAAACAGGCAGCAAUUAAGAAAUCCCAGCAGUUGAACAACAGAUUUUCCGCAGGAUCAAGUAAAUUUCUCUAACAUUAAUGCUCAUAAUCAGUCAAUUUGGGGGAUCUAAUGUGAAAUGCAAAGGAUACAAAAAUGAAUUUGGAAUAAAUGAUUGACUUUUAUCGCUGCGGUGGAGGUUUUGGCU